GUGUGUGUGUGUGUGUGUGUGUGCUGAAAACUUCAGCCACAAUAACGGGAGGCAGUGACGGUGAAAUUAGCCGCGGGCCUGCCGCGGUGUUCGGUCUGGAUCCGGCUGAUUCUCCGUCCCGGAGCAGGGAGCGGCCCCGCGGAGCGCAGCGGAGCGGGACGGCGCAGCGGCCGCGAGGAGCGCAGCGGCCCGGAGCAGGUAGCGGGCCGGCGGAGCGCAGCUGCCCGGACGGCGGGCCUCAUGUCGGACUGCGCUGCCCCCCGCCCCGCGGAGCAGCAGGCCGCGGGCAGUGGAGGUGCAGAUGUGACGAUGUUCAACAGUAAAUCCACUAGAGGGCAGCGCAGAGUCAAAAGCUUGUGACAACAAAAGGCGGCGGUGGAGGAGGGCGAAGAGGAGGCGCUCUGAGAGUGCUGUAGCUGUGGCGGCCUGCCGUCCAGUGGCUGGUGUGUGGAGUGUGCGGAGGCGCUGUGUGCCGAGUGUGUGUCGGCCCACCGACGAGUCAAGAUGACCCGGGCCCACCGCAUCCAGAGCCGGGCGCCGCCAGAUGCUGAUGUCAGAUCUUCAGGAGAAGUCCCGCCUCCUGUCAGCAGGUUGUGUCAGAUCCACCCCAGAGAGCCCCUCCAGCUCUUCUGCUUCCCCUGUGGUCAGCUGACCUGCCGCGACUGCCAGCUGAUGGCCCACAGGAACCACAGGUAUCAGUUCGUCCACGAGGCUCUGGCGAGCCAGAAGCAGCAUCUGGACUCUCUGAUGGAGCUGCUGAAGGGCCAGAGAGACACCGCCCACCGGACCCUGCAGGACCUGGACACCAGGUUGAAGGACAUCGACGCCCAUCAGAACAAACUGGGCGAGGCGGUGCACCGUCUGUUCACCGUCUUGGUGCAGGACCUCAAACAGCGCCUCCUGCAUCUCAUCCAGAAUGUCACGAAGUCCUACAAGGUGGAGAUUGAUCUGAUCGAGAGGAGGAGGGCGGCGCUGAGGCGGCUGCAGGAGAAGCAGCAGCUCCUGCAUCAGGAAGCAGAGCGAGCCAGGAGCUCCAGCGACCUGGCCGGCCUGCUGACCUUCAGGGCUCAGGUGGAGCCUCAGCUGAAGGAGCUUUUAUCCAAGAACAUCUCGCUGCCGCAGAAGAUGAUCGACAUCAGGCUGGUGGUCACCACGGAAACCUACAAGAGCCUCUUUUCCUUUGUUGAUUUACGGGUUUCAAGUGUUCCAUUUUCUCGGUCACAAGACCGACCUCAGAACUCAGUAUGCAGUACACUGUCAAAAAAUACUGCUGUGAGAAACCAGAAAACCACUGCUUUGGACCUGGCUUGCACCUCCUCUAUCACUCCUCAAACCCCCUCCGGCGCCCCUCAAACCCCCUCCGGCGCUCCUCAAACCUCCUCUGGCACUCCUCAAACCCCCUCCGGCACUCCUCAAACCCCCUCCGGUGUUCCUCAAACCUCCUCCAGCACUCCUCAAAUCCCCUCUGGCGCUCCUCAGUCCCCCUCCAUCGCUCCUCAAACCCCCUCUGGCGCUCCUUACACCUUCUCCAGUGCUCCUCGAACCCCCUCUGGUGCUCGUCACACCUUCUCCAGUGCUCCUCAAUCUGCCUCCAGUGCUCCUCAAAUCCCCUCCGGUGGUCCUCCCACCUUCUCAAGCGUUCUUCAAUUCGCCUCCGGCACUCUUCAAUCGUCCUCCGGCGCUCCUCGAACCCCCUCCGGCACUCCCCAAACACCCUCUGGCGCUCGUCACACCUUCUCCAGCGUUCCUCAAUCUGCCUCCAGUGCUCCUCAAAUCCCCUCCUGCGGUCCUCCCACCUUCUCAAGCGUUCUUCAGUUCGCCUCCGGCACUCUUCAAUCCUCCUCCGGCGCUCCUCGAACCCACUCCGGCACUCCCCAAACACCCUCUGGUGCUCCUCACACCUUCUCCAGCGCUCCUCAAUCUGCCUCCAGCGCUCCUCAAAUCCCCUCUGGCGCUCCUCACACCUUCUCCGGUGCUCCUCAAUCUGCCUCCAGCGCUCCUCAAAUCCCCUCUGGCGCUCCUCACGCCUUCACCAGUGCUCCUCAAACCCCCUCCAGUGCUCUUCAGACGCCAUCUGCCUGCUUGGGACCCUCUCUCUCUGACCUGUUCCCCAAGCUUGGGAAAGCCAGCAACCCUCCCACUCCAGUCAGCAGUGUCCCGGGUUCCCAGCAGUCCCUGUGCACUCCGAUUUCUUCCUGCCUGGACCUCCACCAGACACACUCACCUGGGACAAGAACCUCCUCCGCUCCGGACACAGGGGUCCCUCCUGCCUCCACAGCUCAGGCGUCACUCAGCACCAUGACAAAACCUAACCAGCUGUCCGCAAGUCAGCCAUACAUUCUCCAACCAACUUGCUUGCUUUUAAACAGUGCCCAAACUGCUUCUACCUCACAAGCCUAUGUCCAAUCAAAUUACACCCAGGGCACCAUGCCAACAGCCAUCCCUUUGCAGCCCUCUUUGGUCACCAAUCCUCUCCUUUGGGUUUCGGCGGUUCAAAACCAGCAUCAGGCUCUUUCUGUGGCACUCAGGACCCAGAGCCAGUCUUCAGCUGUCUUACUCUCUAACACACAGAGCAUCAUGUAUAACACAUCCUUUACAUCACCAAAUGCAGCUGUGCUGCAGCAUGCCAUGCCAUCUAACAAAAGUCAAACAGGAAGUGUCUCUGUAAACCAGAGCCAGCCGGGUCAGGCAUUUGUCAGUCACCUCCAGCCAUCUGGGGUUCAGUCAAACACUGAGAUCAGCCACAUUCAGCCGAGUGCUGUCACAGUGUAUAAUGUUCCACAGAAGGUGCAGGUCACGGUCGCACAAGCAGUGCAGAGUGCAGGUGUGGAGUUGCAGCAGCAGCUGAAUACAAAUAACUCUAACCUUCCUGCAGUCCCUGAAAAAUGUCAAACCAAUCCAUGCCAAUCAUCUGCCGGUCAGCACAUCAAACCUCCAUCAAACCCAGAGCAGACAGCCUUAGCUACACUUGACAAGCACAAUGCCACAAAGCAGAAACACCCUUUACUAACCUACUAUCUCACUAAACCUCCGUCCGGCAGUCCCCCUGACAGGAACUUUGAAAUAACCUGUGAAAAAAACAUUGAUUCUGUUCAGCAACCCUCAGCAAUCAGCUGCAACGACUCCUUACCACAGCAUCAGUACCCGAGUCCAACUGUGAAAGCCAUAGCAGACUCCGCCUGCGAUAGCAGCACUCCCCAAGUCAGCGAGCUGGUGGGGGCAGCAAGCCAGCAGGAACCUGCAGAGGAUGAACCAACUUCCACGGUACCUGAGACCGAGACUGCGGUGCAAGACGACUACACUGUCCCAUCUGACCUGUCAUUCUCGUGGGAUGAUGGAACUCUUUCCUCCCUGUUGGACAAGGACUCUGACGGCAGGCCUUCAGUGGGUGAGAACACGGAAAACACCAUCCACACGGAUCCCGAGAGAGCCGUACAACCAUCAGCCAGCCAGGCAGUGGUGGAACCCAAGGCCAAGUCCUCCGAAAACAAGCUCAGGUGCUUUGAGGAUAUGGCGUCUUUUAUUGAUCAGUAUUUGAUGGACUCAACUCGGCUGAAAAACGAAUCAACAGAGCAGGAAGAGGAGGAGGUGACGGACAGCAUCAGACCGGCCCUCCACCCGGUGAAAAGAGAAACCACAUCAGACUGGAGGGAUGGGGCACCAACUACCGAGACGUUUCGGGGAACCGAUGCCUCACGGAGAAACUCCGGUGUGUGUUCAGGUCAUGCAGCUGACUGUGAAGCUCACAGCUUCGCAAAGGAAGACGCAGACUGCAAGUCGAGCCACUGGCAGCCCAGAGUCUCGCUGUUCAGACUGCCGAUCGCCACACCCCGACCCGGCAGGGCCUUACCCCGCUUCCUGCUCCUGCCUGGACACGCCGACGACCAGAUCCACCUGCGACAGAUCGAUGAGGACGAGCAGUCCAGCGUUGGUGACCUUGAGUACCUGGAGCCUCUGUUCUCACCAGAGACGCCUGGCCUCCUGCAGGACGUUACCUGCUGUGUCUGCAGGUGUGUCGGUUCCUGUGUGAUGUGUGACGCCUGUGGGCGGGGCUUCCACCGUGACUGCCACAUACCAGCUGUCAGAUCCUCUGAUUGGACGGCGUGGAACUGCUCGCUCUGUCAGGACCUGUCUGACCCCAGCGACCCCUACGGCCCCGACAGACACAAGACGUCCUGCCUCAGCCUGCUGAACCAACGGAAAUGUGAGCACCUUCUCCUCUUCCUGCUGUGUGAGGACUCGGCUCACGUCUGCAGUCCCGCUCAGGUCAGUGCCAUCUCCGAGCGUCUGUCUCUCCUCCGUUCUCCACCGUUUCGAACGCCAGCCGAGUUUGUCUCUGACAUCUGGUGUUUAUUUGACGCAGCAUCGCAGCAGGACAGUGAAGUGCUCAUCAGGCUGCGGCGGCGUUUCCAGAGCAGGCUGGUGGAGACGCUGGGGGUGGAGCUUCACCCCUCCCUCCUGCAGCACGGCAUGCUGGGAUGGGCGGACGAGCCUGCAGGUUCAGAGGUCGGGACGGACGAGGAGGGCGGGUGGACGGAGACGAGCCAGGAUGGCAGCUCGGCGUCCCGCCAAGGUCUGAGUGAGGAGGAGGAGGAGGAGGAGGAGGAGGGGGGCGGGGUCAUGUCGGCGGCGCGCUGCAGGCCGUUUGCGGCGGGACGAGGCUGCUGGUCGCAGGAGACGCAGCUCAGAGAGACUCGCAGGAGGCUCAGGGACUUUCUGGACUCAAGAAAAACCUGACAGACGGGAGUCCCAUCCCGACACGGGACAAUUCGCAUCCUGAUGACGAGGCGUGACACAGUUUUCACAAAUUCACAAAUUUCUAGUGCACUUUUUUAUAUUUCUUAUCAUCUCAUUUCUGCUUAUGAUAUGUUCUCCUCUUGAGAAUUUGAGCAGUGCAGCUGACAUGAGGCCGGGACAGGGACGUCCUGAAACAUCUGGGGGGAUGCUGGAACACGUGUGCCUUCAGCUGUUUUGGAAAGAACAGUGUUGUAUUCUGAUGCAAUAAAUAAAAUUUUAUUUUUAAUGUA